AUGAAAUAAGCCUUAUUAAAAUUAAGAGACAAUAAAUUACUUGAAGCACUCUCCUACUUUGAAUAGCAUAAACCCUUUGAAGAAGCAGCUUAAAUACUUAUAAAAUACUCCCUCACUUAAGAGUCAAAUAUUAAAGAAUUGAUAUAUAGAUGGAUUCUUCGUAAUACUAAUUCACCAAAUAUCAAAUUGGAUGUAUAUAACUUAUUAGGUAAUUCUUCUUUAACUCUAAGGUUGUACUUUGGUAAACAAAGAUCAAUAAAUAGAGAUCUUAAACGAAGCUCUAAAAUUGACUGUUGCACAUGAAUUAAAUCCAUCUACAACACUAAUUAAUUUAACUUGCAUCUAUUCUAAACUCAAAUAACAUGAAAAAGCAUUACAAAUAGCAUUACAAUCAAUUGAAUGUUCAGUUGGUAAAUAAUUGGUAAUUGCAUAUCAUAAUGCAGCUAUUGAAUACAAAGCAUUAUUAUAGAAUGAAUAAAGCAGAAUAUUUCAUGAAAAAGCUUAUGAAUAGAGUGUCUACCUUUUUGGACAAUAAGAUACUCUUACUCAAAAGUUGAGUAAAUAUGUAGAAAAAUUACCUCCAAAAAUAGUGCCUGUUUAAAAUAAAUUUAGAUUAAGAAGUGCCUCAAGACAAGGGGAAGAUGCAAAAUCUUUUUACUAUAGAAGACCUAUAACAAUAAUUGAUUCAUAUACACAGUCAUUAAAUUAAUCUAUUAAUUAAUCAGAUGAUAGCAAUUAUAGAUCAGGUAGUUAAAUCAAAGGAAGAAGACAAAAAACUUUAAAUUAAUCUUUUUAAACUUCAAGUAAUGACAUUGAUGAAGAAGAAGGAAGUGUUGUUUCAAAGUAAUUAUAAAACAAAAUUGAAGCAUAAAGAAAAAUCAGAUUAAGAUUUUUAUAAUCUAUCCAUUAAUAAAACAUCUAACUUUUAGAAAGAAAAUUAACUAAAAGAAACAGUUAUCAUAUAAAUUUCUCUUAGGAAUCAAUUUUAAAUGUUGAAUGUUAAGAUUAAAGAUCGUAAGAUUUUAUUCAUUUUGAAAAUUAACAGCCUGAUGGAUAAUAUGAUUCUAUGAUACCUUUAAAUUAAUAAGAAGAUCUUACUUAUGAUGAUUAAGAAUUAAUUAUUAAUUAAAUUAGGGGGUUUGAGUCAUAAAAGGAAAUUACAGCAUCAUUUGCUAAUUAAGAAACAUUUGAAAAUACAUUUGAAUAAAAGAAUAAAUAGGGAAAAGCUAUAUCUAAGAUACAAAAGUGGUAUCGUAAAAAAUAAAAGAAUCACUCUGUUAAGUAUUAUUCAAACAACUCUAAGAUUAAAAUAUAAGCAGCCAUAAAAAUAUAGAGAUUUUAUAGAAAAAUAACUUAAUAAAGAUUGAUGAAGUUAAUGAAAAAUAAAAAAUAUGUAAAAUACAUAAAAAUAUCAAAAUUAUCAAUUGAAAAUGAAUAUGAAUAUUGUUUAAUAAUUGCUAAGAAAUUCGAGAAUGAAAUCUUAUAUAUUAUUAAUGAAAUGAAGAAUAAAAGAUAGAGAAAAAAAGCAAAAAUAUAUAGAUAAACCUUUGAAUUGGAAAUUCUAAAUUCAAAGUAUCGUGCAUUUGAUGAAUUUUGUUUAACAAUCAAUAUGUCAAAAAGAAUGAAUUAAAUAGCAUAUAAAUAAGCUCAAUAAAUAAAUUAUAAGGAAAUUUGCAAUUUAUUUUAUGUUCUUAAUAAUGAACUUAAUUUAUAUGGAGUAACAGAUACUUUAUUAAAUGAAUUAAUUGAUUCAGAUAUUGAUGAAAAAGUUUCAGUAUCUUCCCGUAGAUAACCAAUAAAAUUAACAAAAUUAAUGAAAUUAUAGUCUUUGUUAAGAGGAUAUUUGGCUAGAAAAAAGUAAGAAUUAAUUAAAAAUCAGAAAUAUAAACAUAAGAGAUUUAUAGAAAAGAUCUAAGGAGGAUAUUUUAUAUUGAUUUUUUAAUAAGAAAAUGUGAUUUAAUUCUAUAAUCUUUAAUAAAAGUAAUUAUGUGAGAAUGAGAUGAUAAUUCCUGAUUCAGUCAUUAAAUUUUUUGGUCCAAUUAAUAGAUAAAAUUGUAGUGAGAUAUUUUAUGCAUAAAAUAAUAAGAUAUUUUUUACAGAUGAUGCUCAAUUUAUUAUUGAUAAAGAUAUUCGAUCAAAAGAGAAGAUGGAUUUUUCAGCAGUAGAGAAAGCUGCAAAGAAAAUUUAAAGAGUAUUGAGAUCAAAGAUAAAAUUCUUUGAUUCUUCUAUACUCAAAUAUAAAACUAUUACUUUAAAAGCAAAAUAAUCUUAAUUACUGUUUAAAAUAAGAAAAUCCAUUUUGUUUGAAUAAAAAUAUCAUAUAAUAUUAACUGCAUAUGGUUAAAUUUAUUAAGAACAUUAAGAAUUACUUAUUGAAGGAGGAAUUAUUUAAAAAAAGUAUUCCAAUCUUAAAAUUGCUUAAUGUUGUUAGAGAUUAUUUUAAGAUAUAUCUAUUUCAGAUUUUAAUCAAGUAAGCAAAAUAGUUUUAGAUGAAAUUGAUUUUGAAUGGAAAAAUGAUAAACUUCAUUUAAAAUGUCAUAGUUUAGAAGAAGUUUAUGGAUUUUUGAUGGAGAGGUAAUAAAUAUAAUUUUAAUUUUAUAGAAAUUAUUCUUCAUUUAAAGAAAGUUUGAAAGAUGUUGCUAAUAAAGAACCUACAUUUUUGGGUAGAAAUUACUUGAGCAGAAAAAUAUAUUGUUAAUAAUAUUUAAAAAAUAGAUUUGAAAUUGAAGAUCGACCAACAAUAUUUUGUAGAGUGGAAGAUCCUUCUAUUUAUCAAAUUACAUAUAUAAAAAAUCUUUAUUUAGAAAGAUUAAAGAAGAAAUAUUAGUAAAAGAAAAAGGAAAGAUAAGUUGGAGAUAAUAUUAAUCAUUAUGUUAAUUAAUAUCCAUCCAUUUAAAAAUAUGAAUGGAUUCAAGAUCCUGAUGAAUUAUAUAUGGAGAUGCUUAAUAAAAAGGCGAAAUUAGUAUAAAGAGGUAAUACUGUAUAUUAAUAAUAGCAUUUAGAUUACUAAAAUUUAGAGCUAUUAUACAUUAGAAAUGUUUGAUUAGAAGAAGAAGAAGAUUAGCAUUGCUUUAAUCACAAAAAGUUGUAGUCAAACCAUAUUAUUUUGAUGAGAUUAGGAAACCUCAAGCUUAUACAACAAUUGAAAUUAUAUAAAGAAGAGGAGAAACUCCUAUCUUUUUAAAAUCUAUUUAUAUUGAUUCAGUACUAUAUGAAUGGAUAUUAAUACUACCUUAUUAUGAUAUUAUUGUGACAGUAUAUACUAUUCCAAGAUAAUUUUAUUAAAUAAAAUACAACGAAUAUAAAAAUCACUAUAUGGAUAUAAUUUUAUCAGAAUCAGUUGAAAAAAUACAAUAGUAUUUUAGUUAACCUAUAGAAAAGUUUCAUCCAUCAGAAAAAAUAGAUUUUAUUACAGAAUUAAGAGAAUAAUUUAGUAAGAAAGUAAUAAGAAUUGUAAGAUUAAAAUUAUUCCUUAAAAAAAUCAAAGAAACACCUUAAAGUAAGAAAUUCUUAAUAAGAACUUUUGUAAAUGAAUUUUUUGUUUAAAUAAAUUAUUUUUACAAUAAGGUUGAUUAAAAGAUUAUUAUAUUAUUAUAAAAAGAGAAACGCAAAAGAAAAUAUAAUUUAGAUUUACAUUACUUAGAUUGUUUAUUUGGAAAUUAACAUGGAUUAAGUUAUUUAGAUAAAGAGUUAUUUAUUAAACUCUUAACUUUAAAUGAACCAAAAAGUUAUCAUAAAUAUAGAAUGUUAUUAAUGCCAAUGAUUAAUGUUCUUCAUCUUUACAUUAUGAUUAAUGCAGAAUUAGAUUUACAAUAUUAAUAUAAGAAUUUUGAAAUGACUUUAACAGAAGAAAUUAAUGAAAAAUUUUAUACAUCCUCUUAAGGAUUUUACAUGAUAACAAAUGAGUCAGACUCAAAACUAUUACCAACUAUUAUAUCUUUAUAAGCAAGAUGGAGAUUAUGUCAAUAAUAAAAAAAAUAUUAAUUGAUGCUCUUUAGAUGUACAAGAAUGAAAAUAAAAAUGAUGAAUAAGAAAGGAAAAGAAGUUUAGAAAACAUUUUUAAAGAGAAAAGAUAUAAGUGAUGAUAAAGAUAGUGAUAUCAUGUAUAUAUGUAGUAUUUAUCAAUCAAAAGAUAAUUAAGGAGUAAGAGUAAGAGUAGAACUAAUAUCUUAUAAAAGUAAGUAAGAAUAAGAAUUAUUUAAUUGUUUCACAAUAGAACCUCAAUCAAUAUUAUUAAAUGAAUAAAUAAGUUAAUAUGUAUUAAAGAAUCUAUAUAUAGAAGAUAAUAUAUUACUUUUGAGAUAGAAUUACACUCAAAAACUUGAAAUUCCAUAAGAAACUUAAUAAAAAUAAUUAAAAUUGAUUACUAAGAAACCAUCAUCUCCAAAACUCAUAUUUCAUUAGAAAAGAUAAUAUUCUUAAGGUAAAUAAUUUAUAUAUGAUGCAAUACACACUGGGGAAAUGCCUCAAUAAUAGAAGAUGACUUAAGAGAUAAGAAAUAUGAUAAAGAUUGAUAUUGAUUUAAAGGAAUUAAAAUCUUAAUAUCCAGGAGUUAAUUAUAAGUAAUCUAAUAUCUUAUCAUAAUUAUCAGAAUAAUUAAUAAGUGGAUUGAAAGUAGAUAAAUAAGCAAUUAUUUCUAAGUCUAUUUAAAAGAGAGGAAUAAAAAUAUAAGGAAAUUGUUAGAAUGAAGAAAAAGGAAAGGAAUUAAAUAUAUCUGAAAGUACAAAAUAAUAGAGUACUCUAUUAUCAAGAUUUACUUAAUUUUACAAUAAUCUAAGAUAUAUGGUUGUUAUUUCAUUACUUGAUAUACCAAUUGAUAGUUAUGAGAAAUUGGAUUCUGUUUAUGAACCUUAUCAUUCUUAUAUAAAUAUUACUGCAUAAAAUUAACUUAAUAAUAAAAGAAUAAUUUGGUAGAUGAAUUUACAAUAAGCAAAUAAAAUAACAAAUUAAUAAGAUUUAAAAGAAAUUGCUCAAACAAUUAAAUUUAAUAUAUUAGUAUUAGAAGAUAAAUUUGUUUAUGUAGCUGAUUUUGCUAUUAUUGAAUUUGAUAAUGUACUUAUGAUUAAAAGGAAUACUAUGAAUGUUAUUUAAAGAAUGUUAAAGAAUAAGAAAUUUAAUAGAUUAAGAAAACAAUUUGAAAUUGAAAUUAAAUAAUUAAAAGAGAGUGAUAAUCAAUUUUGGAAUAAUAUGUAUUUAAUAUUAAUAAAUUAGAAUUUAUUAUGGUAUAAAUCAAUUUUCAUCUGAAGACUAUUUCAUUUGUAUUGGAAUCGAGAGACGUUAGUAUUUAUUGUUGGCUUGGAAUAUCAAAGAUUAUCAACGUUAUACUUUGACUAUGUAUAAAAAGAAAGGAUUUCAAGAACAAUUAGAUUAGAUAAGGUUUAUUAAUCAAAAUUUGGAAUUGUGA